AUGUCGUCUCACGAGGACCUCAAGACCAACGCUGGCCCCGAGGCUGGCGAGACUGGUGCCGGCUACCAGGGCUCUGGCGGUGUCAUCUCGCGCUUCGUCACCCCCGGCGGUCACCCCCAGGACAACACUCAGCCGGCCUUCCCCGUCUUCCACCGCAAGUUUGCCAACCCGGCCCCUCUCGGCCUGAUGUCUUUCGGUGGUACCACUAUCCUUCUUUCGCUUUUCAACCUCGGUACCCGUGACAUUACCCACCCCAACGUUCUCGUCGGUGUUGCUCUUUUCUACGGUGGCUUCUGUCAGAUCCUUGCCGGCUGCAUGGAAUGGGCCUGCGGUAACUCGUUCGGUACUUGUGCUUUCACCGGCUACGGCGCGUUCUGGAUGUCGUUCGGUGUCAUCUACAUUCCCUGGUUCGGUAUCCUCGAGGCCUACACGGACAAGCAGGAGCUCGCCAACGCUCUCGGUCUCUACCUCGUCAUGUGGGGUAUCGUCACGUUCCUCCUCACAUUGUGUCUCCUCCGCUCCUCGGUCAUGCUCCUCUUCGUCUUCGCCGACAUUACCCUCACCUUCUUCCUCCUGGCCGCCAGCGAGUUCACCGGCAACCACACCGUCCACAUGGCUGGCGGCGGCUUUGGCGUCAUCGGUGGCUUUGCUGCCAUGUACACCGCCGUCGCUGGCCUUAUGACGGCCGACACUGCCUUCUGGCUGCUCCCUGUCGGAGACCUUUCUCCCAAGUAA